UAUAGUCAACCUGUUGUACCUAAUACCUAUACGUACGUUAUAAUAUGGUAACACAUACAGAACCAGCUGCGAGUGCAUAGUGCAGUGAACUCGCUUCUAGCUGUUGGGAGGGGGUCUCGGACCGCAAGCGAAGACCUAAGUACUAGUACACCGCACAGAACCAGUCUCGUUUUGUAAGCAUUCAUCUCACCAUGGACGAUGAUGUGUACUAACUAAACCCGAGUCGUGUAUCGUAAUUAUUAUUCUGUAGUGACAAUGUUCGCAUAAAAGUUAUAUUUUUAGUGAUACAUAUCAACGUUAUUACAAGUUUCAUACCGUCCCGACACCGAUAUAAACGUUUACCAUCGUUUAUAUACCAUUAUAAAUAUUAAUCCGCGUACCUACGUGCAACGACGAUAGUAUCGUGUAAAUUUGUAAGCCGUUGACUUACCGAAUAAGUGAGCAUGUAUUAAUUUCAAUGUCUUUGUCCGCAAUUCUAUCAAUUUCACGCAUACCGGGAUCAUCUGAAAUGACAUUGUCUUCAAAACGUGAAACUAUACGACUGGUCUAGAAUUUCAAUUUAAAGAAUUAAAAAUAAUUUAUAUAGUUCACCGACCCGUGUACAAUGAAGGGUCAAUCAUCAAGAGCACUGCUGUUGCUCGCGUUCUUGUCUGCUAAUUUGUCCGGCGGCGAUUCGUGCUACGAACCAAACGACCCGGAUCCAUACCUGUAUUUUUCGCAUAAGACUGCCUAUCAGCUGAUAUUCAACUCGAAGUUCAAACCAGUGCCUUAUUGCCGCCCGACGUUUGUGUGGAUGUUUAUCAGAUCGGGCACCAGUUAUCCGAAUACCAACGAAUCUUUGGCGAUCCGUCAGUUGCAUCAAUUCAAAGACAGAGUGAUAAAAAAUCACGAAGAACGUAGAAAUGGAUAUCUAUGUAAAAGCGUAUUAGACAGUUUAAAACGUUGGGAAUUUGAAGUUAAUCCUUCUUCAGAAGAUGAUAUUUCACCUCAGGGUAGAAUGGACAUGCAACUACUUGCGAAAAGGACAAAGGACAAAAUGAGUGAAGUUUUAGUAAAAGAGAUCAACAAAAAUACGUUCAAGAUUUAUGCCAGUGAAGACCGAAAAGUUAUGAACAGUGCUGAGGAAUUUUCUAAAACCAUGUUUGGAGAUGACUUCAACUAUAAAGUUCCAAUCGAAAAAAUUCAAAAAAACUCAAGUUUUAUCGGGUUAGAGGCUUGUCCUAAGAGAAUUGAUUCAAUCCAAAAUUCUGAAGCUUCGCUUUUUCGUAAAUCGCCAGAAUACAUGGAAAUGGUGAGCCAGAUAAGCAAAAGACUGGGUUUUCUAGACAACAUAACUGACAGUAUAAUCCACGCAAUGUACGAAUCAUGCCGUUAUAAUAAAGCACUCGUAAUCGAAUCUUAUCCGGCAUGGUGUGGCCUGUUUACCAGACAAGAGUUACAGCUUUUAGAAUAUUAUGAAGAUUUGGACUAUUACUAUAAAUACGGUUAUGGUUCUGAAAUGAACACAAAAGUGGGAUGUCCGAUCGCUAAAGAGCUGAUGGGAUAUUUGAAUGCUGUGGCGAAUGACGAUUCCGAUAGGCCUUCGGCCGUAUUCAGGUUUGGCUCCUCGGCCGGGUUGUUGACUACGCUGUUGGCUUUAGGCGUGGCCAAAGAUCCAACUCCUCUGACCCAUUUCAAUUACCAUGUUCAGUAUCGUCGUCAAUGGAGAAUGUCACAAGUGGACCCAUUUUCCGGUAAUUUUGCCGCCGUGUUUUACAAGUGUGAUCAAGGCGACGAGGCGAACAAAGUGAUGUUUUACCUGAACGAGGGCGUGUACGAUUACCCGGGUUGCAACGUCGGCCUGUGCUCGUGGAAAUUCAUCGAGAACAAGUUCAAAAAUUACCUAGGACCCAACGGCUGCGACGAGGAGGUGUGUCGCGAUCGAAGUCGAGCGUCGGGUGUACGGUGCGCCGCCUUGAUGGCCGCGCUCGUCCCGGCGGCACUCGCGUACUUGCUGCACGUUUGAACAUUAUUACGACUGUGACGUUUUUCGUUUGGCCGUGUCUCGUAAACCAAAAACGAUCGCAUCGACGGUGAACUGUGUUUUGGCGGCAGCCGUUGUAGUUAAAACGGUCAAAAUAGUCGAAAAAAUAAAACAAUGAUACUAUAUCCUCCCGUACAGAACAUAUUUUUGUCCUCGUGUAACGUUACGGUGUUCCGUGAAUGUCAUAUUAUUAUAUUGUAUUACUAUGAUGGGCUUAAAAAUUUCAAUGUCGUCGUCCAAACCGCUCGUGUACCUAAACGUUCUUCAAAACACAAAAGAACAACACUCCCAUCCGGCGAAAUCCAACUAGUCUCAUUAUCAUGUAAAUGACUACACUGAUACACUGACACGUUACAUUUUUCUUUUUCGGUUUCAAACGGAAAGUCACACCAAUAAUAAUGGCGUACUUGUAUAUUUUUCUAGUUUUAUCACUAUUUAUUAUUAUUUAUAUUAUUUGUUCAUCAUAAUAUCAAAUAUCUACACUAUAGACAUGUUUAAAAAAAUGAGAUCAGUGUUAGAUCGUAUUACAAUUAAUGGUAAAAUUAUUUGAUUUACGUGCUGCAGGUCGUAUUACGUACUAUUGUAUUUGCCUGCAGGCUGCGACUAAGUAGAUUGAAACAAUUGAAAUUUAAUAGAUAAUAAAUAAUAAUAAUACUUGUUUUCCCAUACGGCCAUGCGUCUCAGUAGAAUUAAGUUUUAAGGAUGAAUAUUAAAUUUUUAUUUUAUAAAAUGCACUAAGCUUAAUGUUUUCUAAUUAUAUAUAUUGAUACAUA